GUUUCCAGCAACCCAGUCCAGCAGAACAGAAGUAUCGUACUACUAGCAUGGCGCUCGGUGCAGUUGGAGUUCCGUUGUGUCGCCUGUCCUUUUCAUGUUAGGUUUUACUUCAGUGUCUGACAGAAGUUAUUUUAUACUACACGCUGUAAAGAAAACAUAUCGUAAGAACAGUGUCUGCCUGACAAAUAAUUAAGAUAAAGCAGCUUGUGUAUUUUGUAUAUUCCAGGUGGCUUGCUAACUAGUAACGUUAGCAAGAAAGCAAAAAUUCGGAGAUACGGGGCAACAAGAGGAGUCCUGAUUUGGAAGAGCUGAUGCGGAUGCCAUGGCCACAGCCGAGGUAUGGGAGUGACGUGACAGUACUGGUCCUGCUUCCAAACAAAACCAGCAUAAUGUUUUUCUGCUGAAGUAGUGGCAGAGCACACGGAGAAUGGACGAGUCAGUAUUGUUGGAUUUGCUUGAGUGCCCCGUUUGUCUAGAGCGACUGGAUGCUUCGGCAAAGGUUCUUCCCUGUCAGCACACCUUCUGCCGCAGAUGUCUCCAAGGCAUCCUAGGAUCACGGGGAGAGUUGCGCUGCCCAGAGUGCCGCACGUUGGUGGAGUGCGCUGUUGAUGAACUCCCCAGCAACAUCCUUCUCGUGCGCCUGUUGGAUGGCAUCAAGCAAAGGCCUCGAAGGGCUGGUCCUGGGGCUGCAGUCUGCACAAAUGGUACGUCUGGAGCCGUGGCCAGAGCACACAACAGUGGAACCAGGGACCAGGGCACCCCAGGAGCACAACCCCAGCGAGCUCAGGCUAAGAGCACUCUUGUACGGGGGGUACCCCAGCUCCCUUGUGCCAAAGCCCUCUACAACUACGAUGGCAAGGAACCAGGAGACCUCAAGUUCAGCAAGGGUGACAUUAUCAUUCUGCGCCGGCAAGUGGAUGAGAACUGGUACCACGGGGAGAUGGGUGGAGUCCAUGGCUUCUUCCCCACUAACUUUGUCCAGGUCAUCAAGCCGCUGCCACAACCACCACCUCAGUGCAAAGCUCUCUAUGACUUUGAGCUAAAAGACAAGGAGGCAGACAAGGACUGUCUGCCCUUCUCAAAGGAUGAUAUCCUGACUGUGAUCCGCAGAGUGGAUGAAAACUGGGCAGAGGGAAUGCUGGGAGAUAAAAUUGGAAUUUUCCCCAUCUCAUAUGUUGAGUUCAACUCGGCAGCUCGUCAACUUAUAGAGUUGGACAAGCCAUCAGACUCCAGUGGAGACUCUGGUGAGGGGGCCUCCUCGGGGCCCCAGAGCAAUGGUGCCCAGCGCGCAGGGGAAAAGAAGAACAGCAAAAAGCGACAUUCCUUCACCUCUCUCACCAUGUCCCACAAACCCGUGCUAGCUCCUCCCCCCCAGCGCCACUCUAUGGAAAUCAGUGGGCCUGUCCUCAUCAGCUCCAGCAACCCCACGGCAGCUGCCCGAAUUGGAGAGAUCAGCGGGGGGCUUUCCUGCAGCGCACCUUCACAGGUACACAUUUGCACAACUGGACUAAUCGUGACCCCACCCCCUAGUAGUCCUGUUACCACAGCAACGGUCUUCACAUUUCCCUCAGAGACGAGCUACACUUCCAUUACUGUGGAUGCUCUCCCACCACCACCACCUCCUCCCCCACAGUCCUCCAUUGAUGGGGCAGCAUAUUCAUUGGCUGCCGGACAGAGACCCUCCCCCAGCAUAAGCGACCAUAGUGGGAGACAAAGACCCACAGUCUAUGUGGCUAUGUUCCCCUAUGCUCCCCGUAAGGAGGAUGAGCUGGAACUAAGGAAGGGAGAGAUGUUUCUAGUGCUGGAACGCUGUCAGGAUGGCUGGUUCAAGGGCACCUCAAUGCACACGGGCAAGAUUGGAGUCUUCCCUGGGAACUACAUGAGCCCAGUCAGCAGGACAGCAUCAGGGAGCAGCCAGCCCAAAGUGCCCAUGAGUCUGUGCACUCAGGCAGGUAGAGGGGUCACCAUCGUCAGCCCCUCUUCUGCAGCCCUUGGAGCCAUUGUUCCAGGUCCUGAUUUUAACAAAGCCAUCGCCGUGUCCUCCAGCGCUGUACUUGCAAACUCCCAACCUGCAGUUGUGGUAACAGCAGCUCAGACAGCCACAGGUCAACAGCCAAAAAUCCCUCUGCAUGUCAGCUCCCAGAUGACUGUGAAUCAGGCCCGCAAUGCGGUCAGGACAGCUGCGGGCCACAGUCAGGACCGGCCCACAGCAGCCGUGACACCCAUCCAGUCUGCAACACCUGUGACCUAUCUCCCACACCUUACAGUGUGCCCGCAGCUUUCCUCCAAUCCUGCUCAAUGCUGUUCCCGGGCUGGAGUGGCAAUGGGCUGUGCCGCUGCGUCUCUGACCCCACCCAAUGUCAGUGCUGCGUCUUUGGAGGGUGAUGCUUUGAGACCUGUAGCAGUCUUUACUGUCCCCGGCUCUGGGAACAGCUCUGCUCUCAAUUCCACAUCUAACAGCGCAGCUCUCGCUUGCCGACUGGACAAGGACAUCAAGAGAGAAAAGAAAAGUCUUCUGAAGAUGUUGUCCAAUAAGAAGAAGUCUCGUCCUUCACCACCCUCCUCUCCUACCCUGGAGGCGGAACAAGCUGCUGCAGGAGAGGUGCUACAUGGCGCUGUGGGCCCUGACACCUCCACUCCCUCCGGCUCUGUCAGCUGCCUUGAGCCCGAAACUGCUGCUGCUGCCUUUUCAGCCUCCUCUGCACCAGAGUCCUCCCAUCGGAAGAGCAGUCCCCUUGAUGGAUGUGCACCGAUUGCUCCUCCUCCUCGCCAGCCGUGCUCCUCUCUCUUAUCUCAACAACACGAUGCACGGCCCAUCAUAUGUGAGAGGUACAGAGUGGUGGUAUCAUAUCCUCCCCAGAGCGAGGCAGAGCUGGAACUUAAGGAGGGCGACAUUGUGUUUGUUCACAGGAAGAGGGAGGACGGCUGGUUCAAAGGCACACUGCAACGGAACGGCAGGACCGGAUUGUUCCCCGGCAGCUUUGUAGACAGCAUCUAAUACGCACAUUACGGUGAACCACGGUCAACACCAUGACCAAGCAGACCGCUGCUCGCCUCGCUACUGUGUGUCAACGUGCCAACCAAACGGAUCAGCGCUUGAAAGGUUGAUAGCACAGGCCCAUCGUAUGGACACUUUAACUCCUUAGAGCCCACUGAAAAAAAAACAGUAGUGGUACAUGAGAGAGAGCUGAGGUGAAGAACAGAAUAUAUUGUCAUUGAAAGCACAGUGGACAGCGUAAGAGGGGAGCACACUACUCAUGAACUUUACUUUUUGUUGGUUAUUUAUAUCUUUUGUAACAAUUCAGCUGUUAAAUGUGUGCCUUGUACUGUUCCUCACUUUAUUGUACAUAAGGACACAAAGAAAAUUAGUCCUAAAACAACCAAUAUGAGCUGUUGAUAUAGAUAUGUUACACAUUUAACUUAUUUCAUAGUUUGGCCUUUUUGUAAUGCAACCCAUUAAGGGGUUUGGCUGACACAUGCCUUAUGCUACAUUUUCCAACAUCAGGUACACUUUUGUCCCUCUGACUGCAGUUUCACCAUGCUAUCAAACUGUCAGCAGAUAGGAGCAGGUGUAUCAGAUCCUCGGACCAGAACAAAUGAGCAGUGUCCUCAUCGCUUGCGCUGUAGGUAGGAAAAAGGAUACUUCCCCAGCUCUGAAGGCAUUACCUAAACCUGAGGAUCAUAAGAGAGAUCUGCCGUAUUGCACAUUUGAGCUACAGUUCACAGGCAGGUGAACAUUGCACAUCACAAAAUAUUUCUGUGGGCCAUUCAUAGGCCUCCAGUUUGUUUUCCCUGGUGUGGCUGAGGCUGAAGUGCUCCAGUACCUGCAGUGAUCAAAUAUUUGCAUGUGAUGAGCAAAGCCUCCCAUAAGAGACAAAAUGGUCUUACUUCUGUUGCAGGACAGUUUGGUUAUGCCUUUUCAAUAUGUGGAAACCACACUCCAAUAUAGACUUGCAAUCAAACAUUGCUUACUUUGUACCUUCUUUGUCUUUAGUGCCCAGUGUAGCUUCUCUCCUAAGCCCUCUGGCAAUAGGCAAACCCAGACGUAGCUCUACAUUAUAAGAGCAACGUAACAUUUCAGUAACGGUGCACAACAGAUUCAUUUCAGUGUAUAUUUAUGUUUGUUACGAAUUCCACAGAGGCUGACACCUUCUGCUCUUAUGGAGUCUGUCAUUAAACUAACCUGGACACACAGUAAGACAGACAGGAAACACUCACCCUUCAGCGGAUCUCAAGUUUUUGUACACUACAACUCAUUCCUAAUGUGACUUGUUGCAAAAACCACAGCUAGCUAAAGCACACAAUGUUUGCUUAAAGGAACAUAUCAUUGUAUCACUCCAUAGGAAGAGAUGUGUAGUGUAAUUCUGUUGAAUCUCAAAAGAUAAGGUUUUGUUGAAAUCAAUCACUUUGACCCCUUUAUUAUUUUUUUAUGAUUGGGUUUUGUUGUACAUUACAUCUAUACAACGUUUUUAAUGUUAACUAUUGUAUUGACUUGAAUGACUGUAAGAUUUAUAUGUGAUUGGAGUGGAUUUGGUCGUAGUGUUGGUUGUUGAACAUAAAACAAAAAGAAUGGGCAGUUUUAGUGGGAAAAAAAAUAACACUAGAUCAAAAAUCUCAUUAUGUAAUUCCUUUUCCUAACGUAUUCUUUAAAUAAAUGAAUUUCUUCAAAAUAAAGGUAUGAUUAGGUAACAUAAUAGGCUGAGGGCUCCUGCCUCAGUAGACCCCACAAUAUGUAAUGUAAUGUGACUUAUACAUCUGAUCUUCAACAAGUCUUAUGAGGGCUGAGUCUUUAAACACUUUAAAGUCAAGAGACAACCACUGAAUCGUGCCAAAUUUGGUUUUGAAAAGGAAUUUAUUGAUUGAAUUAGACCCAUAGUUUGUAUUUUUUUGUAGUCUGUUGUUAAUUGAGGGGGACCACUGUGUAACUGACUGCUGGAAUAUGUUGUUAUGUAGUUUCUUUGAAAUUUGGAGUGUAUGGAAAAGGAUGGUACAAAUCACUGUUAGGGCCUUUUUGUCUUUCUGAAUGGGUACUUCUGUAGAAUUAAUCUGGAGUCGCAUUGUUGUCUUGGCAAUCACCACACCAACCUCAGGCUAUAUGCUAAACUGUUCCUCUGAGUGUCUUUCCAUUUUCACUGGUUCGCCUUUAAUAUACACGUCAGACUUACUCCAACACAGGUGUACACAUGAAUGCACUAUCAUGACAUAUCUAAUCGUACUGACUUUUCAUUAUUGUUCAUGCAUAGGCUGCACAGUUCUCAAAAACAUGAAGCAUUUCUUACAACAGUAAAUAAACUAUAUUUUCAUCCAUUGGAACACAUGGCAACUUAAGUUUGCUUGAUUCAACUUAACAGAUUUUCCUCAUGCCAAGGUGACCUACUUGAUUAUUUUUUUGUCUUUAGUUAGUCUGUUGUAUGUCUGAAAAUGGUGAAACUGAAAUCAACCUAUUUGGCACAAAUCUAUUAUGUGAAAAGCAUUCUGAAGUAUUUGAGGGAAUAGCACAUUUUGUAAAAAAUCUCUAUAACAAUAAAAGCUAAUGGUUUCCAUAA